GUCACAUGACCUGGGUGUGCGCUAUCGAGGAAAGACAGUACACCUGCCUUAUUUGAAAAACGAACUUGUUGAUAUUGUAUUAGAGUGAGUUUUUAGGUAAAACAACCCUGAAUAUAGUUUAAACAAGAAGUGUAUUACGAUCAAUUAAGUUGGACUGAAGGCGGUUGACGGCGGAAUAAGCUGACCUGACUUCGAUCAGACCUGUCAAUAAUAAAACUAGGAAGUGAGUGGCAUUCGGUGUCGUCGCGCGGCCAUCUCUACUCAUGGCUACAUGACUUACUUUAAUCUUGUCUUUAAAGGUGAUACAUGUUGUGUAUUUGUAUAAACCUCGGUGCGAUGAGCAUAGUUAAGUGAGGUUUACGAUAAAGUCAUUAGAUUCGGGCUGCUCUUGAUCGCAGGAAGACUGGACUCACGCAGGUGUUGACACACGUAUCAGGAUGAAUGACUCGAGUGAGGGUCUCAGUAUAAUGUCAGUGGAUUUGGAUAAAAACAUGAACGAUUCAGCCCCUCCGUUGUCAUACUCGAUGCUAAUGUCAAACAUGACUGACAUGUCUAACCUGACAGUCAUCAGGACCGGUAAUAGGACUGAAAUUGUGGGGAAUGACAAGAUCUUCCUCAACACCGCCAUUGCCCAAGCUUUGUCUGGAGUUUUCGUCUGGUCGGCGCUCCUCAUCACCUGUCACCAGAUCUACUCGCACCUGAGGUCUUACACGGUACCCAACGAGCAGCGCUACAUCAUCCGCAUCCUCUUCAUCGUCCCCAUCUUUGCGUUUGACUCCUGGCUCAGCUUGCUGUUCAUCAGUAAUGACCAGUAUUACGUCUAUUUUGACUCUGUUCGAGACUGCUAUGAAGCGUUUGUCAUCUACAACUUCCUGAGCCUGUCUUUUGAGUAUCUUGGAGGAGAGAGCGCCAUCAUGUCAGAAAUAAGAGGAAAAUCCAUUGAAUCCAGUUGUCUAUAUGGCACGUGCUGCCUUGGAGGAAUGAGUUACUCAAUUGGCUUCCUGAGGUUCUGCAAACAGGCCACGCUGCAGUUCUGUGUGGUGAAACCCAUCAUGGCCGUCAUCACCAUCCUCCUCCAGGCUUUCGGCAAAUAUCACGAUGGAGAUUUCAAUGUAACUGGAGGUUACCUCUACAUCACCAUCGUUUACAACAUCUCUGUCAGUUUGGCUCUCUACGCCCUUUUCCUCUUCUACUUCACAACCAGUGACCUGUUGAGAGCUUAUGAACCUGUGCUCAAGUUCCUCACCAUCAAGUCUGUUAUUUUCCUGUCGUUCUGGCAAGGUAUGGUUUUGGCUAUUCUGGAGCGUUGUGGCGUGAUCCCUGAAGCUCUGAUGAUAGAUGGACACAAGGUGGGUGCUGGCACAGUCGCGGCCGGCUGGCAGAACUUCAUCAUCUGCAUUGAAAUGUUCUUUGCUGCCAUCGCCCUCCGCUAUGCCUUUACCUCCAGCGUGUACCAGGAGAAGAAGAGUCAAGCACCAGAGAACGUAGCACCCAUGCACAGCAUCUCCAGCGGCCUGAAGGAAACCAUGAACCCUGGUGAUAUGGUCCAGGACGCAAUACACAACUUCUCACCGGCAUAUCAACAGUACACCCAGCAGUCCACCCAGGAAGUGAAGCCCAAUGUGAACGGCAAAGCAGGAGUCACCGCCACAAGAGUCAGCACCACAAAGAGUUCAAAAAAAUCGGACAAAGUGAUGCUGAUCGACACAGAUGAUGAGUUCUAGUUCUUCAUCAGUCCUGAUCUCUGUAUUUAAUCCAAAAACAUGACUUAUUUUGACUUUAACAAAGACAGUAAUAAUGUAAAUCUGCUUAUGAAUCUUUUAAAAAAGAGCACAGAAUGAACGCUUUCUGGAACGGUUGAUUUCUUACUCUCUGCUCAUUGUUUUGGAUCUCCGACGUACCCCCAGAUGAUCCGGCCCUGUAAUGGAGAGUCCUUUCUCAUUCCAAACCAUUCUUAUGAUGCAUGCCUGAUAAAUGUGAGCCAUCGGGAGCCGUUCAGACGGCAUAAAUCUGGGACUGGCAAUUUCGAAAGCCGUUAUUGCUUCUGCCCCUUUGAAGUAUUUGCUCAGCAGCCCUUUGCUGGGUCUCACGACGAAUCGAACCGGCUUUCACAGACUCGCACUUCAAACUGUUGUCUGUGGCUCUUUGAAUGCUUUGUAUCAGUCGUGCCAUGCAGACGUCGAUUGAUUUGGAGACUCAUUCAUUUUCACACCAAGUCUUCAAAGUGUGCAGGAUCUGAUGCAAAAAAGGCGAUACUGGCGUCAUCGCGUAUUUAAAUAGCAAGUAAAUCGUAUUCAGCCAUUGUGCGGAUGGUUAAAGUCUUAACUUAUGACGUUGGGUUUUAAUUGUACAGGUUUUAAAGGGGAACGUUAAAAUGUUAAAUUACGUUUGGUUAUCGACUGUUUAACAAUUAAUGGGCAUUUUUAUAUAAACCACAUUACGUGAUAAGAUACCGUACGAUAUUUUUCUCUAUACGAUCUUUUGGUGUUUUCACAUCAUUAAGUGGUUGAAUGCAUUAAUAUACCAUCAAAGUUAUGUAUUUAGUCAAAUAUCACACUGAGUUAUUGAAGUGUAUAUAUAUUUACUACUUGCACAGCGUGUAAAGUCUUUUUCAGUCCUUCAAAAAAAAUGUAAUGUUUUCUCAAAUUUGAAGAUGACUUCUGGAUUAUUGUUAUGUCUGAAUACAAAAUUGUUUUCAUGAUGCUAAUAUUCUUUUGAUAUCUGUAAGGAUCUGGUUGCUCUCUUCAAAGUCCACUUAUCUAUGAAGGAGCCUUGUAUAUCCCCUAUUGAAGCAAUAUUUGAAGGUGGCAUUACGUGAUUCCUCAAUCUAACAAGGAAGACUUGUGCCAAUGAUUGCUGCCUCAUAAAUGUGGAGGAAGGAAAUUAUCUAAUAACAUCUACUUUGUAUGUCCUGACCGCUCAUCUGUAUAAAUAUAAUGCAUGUAUAUAGAUAACUGAACAUUAUUACUAUGAAUAAUAAUAAAUCGUGUUUGAAAUAAA